AUGGAUGAUAACUCUUCUAUGGUGAUGCUCAGGGAGGAGAGACUUAGCAAGUGUUCCUACACUGAUAAUGAAAGGAACAGCAGCAUUGUUAAUAGCCCAGAGGCAUUCAGGGCACUAGAAAGCAGCUUGACCAUGACCACUGCUGAUCUCAACUCAAAUCUCCCUCCAUCACUCCGUGAGAAUGCACUGUACCAAGGUCCGUAUAUCUACAUCAACCAGAUCUUGAAGGAGGCUCACUUCUACAGCCUGCAGCAACGAGGGCAAUAUCCAUCAUGA